AUGACUUCGGCUCUCAAGAGUGUGCUGCUGGUGGGUGGAAGCGGUUUUCUCGGUUUACACUUGAUCAAUGAGUUUUGGCAACUAGAGCCGCGACCGGAAAUUCAUGUUUUUGAUAUUAGAGAGCUCCCAGAUACUAGUGGCUACAAGUUUGAUCGUUCCAAGAUUGUUGUCCACGUAGGUGAUUUGACCAAAGAAGAAGACGUCAAGGCGGCUCUUUCUGCAUCCUCUCCUCAGAUUGUCGUUCAUUCAGCCUCACCCAUUCAUGGUAUGGGGAAAGAAAUCUACCAUAAGGUCAAUGUUGUGGGAACUAAAACUUUAAUCAAGUGCUGCGAGGACGCCAAAGUGCCUGCUUUGAUUUACACGUCUUCUGCGGGUGUUGUUUUCAACGGCGAGGACUUAUUUGGUCCCGAUGAGCGUCUCCCCUUCCCAAGUAAGGCUAUGGAUGCCUAUAACUCCACCAAGCAGGAAGCUGAGGUUUUCGUACUGAAAGCGAACGGUGCACUCAAGACAGUAGCGCUUCGUCCUGCUGGUAUCUUUGGUCCUGGUGACAGACAAAUGAUCCCUUCGCUAAGAACAAUGGCAGAACGUGGUCAGCACAAAAUCCAACUAGGUGACAACUUGAAUCUUUUCGACGUGACGUACGUGGGCAAUGUUGCAUAUUCGCAUGUUUUGGCUGCCCAGAAGCUGAUGGAGAACGCCCCUGGUGUUGCUGGGGAAGCCUUUUUCAUCACUAAUGACGAACCGAUCUACUUCUGGUCUCUGGCGAAACAAAUCUGGAAGCACGACGGUUACAUUGCUGAGAGACAGUUUGUUAUUCCCAAAUCUUUGGGAGUAGUUCUAGGCUAUCUUUCACAAUGGGGGUGCGCUCUUGUUGGAAAAGAGCCCUCUUUUACUGCGUUCCGUGUGAGAACAGCCUGUGCGACCAGGUAUUAUAAUAUUUCAAAGGCUAAAGAGCGUCUUGGAUACAGCCCGAAAUGGUCAUUGGACGAAGCAAUCGAGGAGACACUCAAAGCUUGA